UGGAUUGUGCGCAUUGAACGUUACAAAAAGUGCAGUAUAACCGGGAUCUGUCACUGGGUUAUAAAAGUAUAGAAAUCCUAGUAAUUUGAGUAUAUUUUGUGUUUUAGUUUUCAAGUGUUAAGUUAAAUAAUGUCCAAGCCAGAGCAAGUUUUGCAAAUAGAGCCCCAACAUGAGCUUAAAUUCAAAGGUCCUUUCAAUGAACCUUCUGGGACAUAUAUGAAGCUUACCAACCCUACUGAUAAAAGAGUAGUAUAUAAAAUUAAGACUACAGCUCCAAAAAAAUAUUGUGUGCGUCCCAAUUCUGGCAUUUUAGAACCUAACUCUCACACUGAGAUUUCUAUUUUCUUCCAACCACAACCGUUGUUGUUCGACACUGCGGAAAAGAACAAACACAAAUUCAUGGUGCAGACAGCAUUUGCUCCCGAAUCGGACUUCAACAUGGAUCAGCUGUGGAAGGAAAUUACUCCUGAUCAACUGAUGGAUUCCAAGUUGAAGUGUGUCUUCGAGUUACCGCCUGAUCAGACAGAAGGCACCACUGAAGACGCUACUAAGUUUAGUCCCAAGACAGUUGCUGCUAAUUCUGCAGUGCCAGACAAUAGUAACGUAGAGUGGGAGCUAAAGAAAGCUGCACAAGAGGUACAGCAGCUUAGAGAAGAAGAAAGUCAAUUGAGGCAGCAACAUUUACGACUAAAAGAAGAAAUCCUCCAAUUGAAACAACAGCUAGGCCAAUCACGAGCCGCCCCAGUCAACAGAUACGCCCCACCCGUACAGGAACAGACCAUUCCAAUGGUGUAUGUCGGUUUGGCAGUACUUCUGAGCUUCAUAGGCAUCAUAUUGGGCAAAUUCGCGCUCUGAAACGGAGUCCACACAAGACUCGGACACCAUUCUUGUUGUAUAUAGACCAGUCGCAGCAUAAGAUUUUAUCAUUUUAUGUGGUAUUGUAGAAAUUUUUGAUAGUGACAUUUUGGUGGAAUUAAAUAGGUAUCUUGUUUCGGAAAAAUAUCCUUCUGAAUAAACUGUGACGUUACUAUCAUCACUUAAAAGACAAUUUAGUAAUAGUGCUAAGUAUUCUCUUGUUAAGUGAUCACAGUAUUUCUGCUCUUAUUAGAUGCUGCCAGCGUCAUAUAAUUUAAGCUCUUUUACACUCUUGUAACCAUCAUCCGCUAGAUGUACGUUUCCAUUGAUGAUGCCAUUUAAAAUUAUCAUGAUCUGAAUCCUAUAGAUAUUUUUUGACUCAUCAGUUGCAUCUAAACUUACUAAGUUACUAAGUAUUUUCUAUGACAUUUGAAAAAAAUAUUUAUUUCCGUUUUUUUAAGCCAAGAGCCCUAUCACAUUCCACCGAUUUCGUGUUUAGGUUUCUGGAAAUAGGGUAUCUAUUCACUUUACUAAUAGGAGGUGGCAUAAUAAUAAUUUAACAGUUUGUUCUCAAUGUUUCCAAUGGCUGGUAAGCUUAUUGUUCAUCAGGGAGUUUCGAGAAACAGUUUAGACGUUUCAAACCCGACAUUUUCAUUGUCUACUAUAAUAGAUCUUUGUUCUUCAGUUUAAUUGGUUCAUCUAAGGUAUAAUAACUAAAUCAAGUAUUAUAACAUGAUUUCAUAUUCUGAAUAAAGGCAUUUAAUAUAUAUUUACAUUUAUCCUAUACAUGUUUUCCUUGACUGACCAAUAAAUAUAUCUAUAAAGUUUAUAUUUGUAAUUAAACAUUCUGCGGGUAGAUAGCGAGUUGAACCAACCUUUAAUCGACCAACACUCGGAACAUAUUUUGGUUAGCCUAUACCAGAAGCCCGUACGUAUAUUAAUCCAUGAGCUAAUUUAUUUGGUAGCCUACCGCUAGAGCUUUAUGUGUACUGAAGCAGGUAUCCCGCUUCCUGUUCGAGUCUAUAUUGAAUAUAAAGUAACAUAUACAUUGACAAAUACAACGACAAAAAUUAUAACGCAACUUUUCGGGUUUUUCACGUCUAAAAAAUUACUUAAUGACAACGUAUUUAUUUUACAUGCCUUGACCGUAGUGUAACGAAAACCGACAAUACCUUAAUUAUUUGGCUAGCUAUUUGCUUUGAUUGUUGCAACAUUGAGAAUCAUACUUGCACUAAAAUAUUUAUCACUCUCGUCACAUUCAAAAAUGGCUACUCUUAAUAGCAAAAACUAAUCAUUGACUGGUGUAAUAUUUAUUAAAGGUUAUUCAUUCAUAUUGUCUAUUGUAUAUUCGGCAAAGUGGUUAACAAAACAUGACAUUAUUUUAAAAAAACUGCCCUUCGUUUUGCGUUACCAAAAAUACCUAUCCAAAAUUUGUCAACUUUAUUUGUUGUUAUUGGUGUUAAUUUAGAGGUAUGCUGAUCUAUUGUCACCUGUCAAAUUUAAUGGCAGAAGACAUAAUGACGUAACAUUGGAAUGUUGAGAAAAUUCGAUGAAUGGAUGAACUACAAAAGGAAUGAUGAGCGAAAACCUAUAAAAAAACAAAAACUUUAUCAUACGUGAAAUAUAAUAUAAUGAGGAACAAAAGGUUCCUGUGUGUUGCUACUAAUCUUACAGUUUUAAUGCAUUUUUCGUAUGCUAAUGUCAUGGAGGUUUGUGAGGUAUCGCUGUACCACUUCUUUCAAUUCCUACUGGUUCCGAAAAUGCGUUCUAUCUUAAUGCCUAACGAGAACAUUGAGUGGGGGUGGCAUCGUAGAGAGGUGCCAAUUCAAGAUAACUGAAUCGGUACAGAGUGGCAGGGAUUUAAAGAGGUAAAACCAAGCUGCAAGCUUUACUAGAUCACGCUUAAAGCUUUAAAGCUUCCAGUGAGACCAGGUUUGAUGAAUAAAUCUGAUAUAUCGCAACAUACCUAUUCUUAAGAUGCGCUAAAAUUCGUUUCCUAAAUUGUCUCGUUGUAUGUCCAAUAUAAGGUUUGAAUUGGCUAUUUGAAAAGAAAGGUAAUUUUAUUUAAAUGAUUCAGAACAGUAGAGAUUAAACGGAAAUGGAGAGCAGUUGAUGGUCAUGUUUGUUCAUUCACUAUCACAUUAAAUUUUUUCUUUGCCCAAUAUGUAACCAUUCGAAGUAGAUUAUUUUGAGGUGGCUUAUUUAAAAUCAAUCAAGUUAUGAUUUUCUAUCCUCAAUUUAAGCAUUUUUAUUUUUUUUAUUUUUCCUAUAGUCUGUAAGAUAUGUGUUAUGACACUAUUUGCUAGGUUAAUCUAUUUUUAAUCUUACAGUGUGUUUCAUAUAAUUCUAUUUCGUUUUGUUGAUUAUUUUUAAAUGUUAAAUGUAGGUCCUAACUGUGUUUUGUUUAUUUCCUUUGUAAAUAAAAUCGUAAUAUGGUUAUCUGAAACAUCCUGUAUAUAUUAACCGUUUCUUUUUUUAUGAAAUCUGUCAGAAUUUCUUUUCGACGUAGUAUUUAGAGACUAUGGUCACUUAUUACAGUGCAAUAAUGUCGUCGCAUUCAAGAUCUAAUAUGUAUAAACAAAGUAGAAUAUAUUGUAUGUUAUAUAUGUCUAUUGAAGAAAAAUAAUCUUGUAGUUAUAAACAAUAUUCCAAAUUAUUUCCUAAAAAAAUAAAGAACAUAUUUCCUGGAUGAACGAGAGAUUUUAUAGUGAAACUAUUAAAAAUCCAAAAAAAUUAGGCGCCGGACAAAAAUUAAUGAAGAGGAUGGUACAUUGCGUUCCGACAAAUCUAUUUAUGGGACUCUUGCUUUCUAAAUGGAAAAAAAGACAAUUUUUAAAUAUUUUUAAAGAAAACACUAUAUUUUAGGUUAUAAGUUUUUUAUAGAUAGGUAUAAAUUGUUAAGAUUUUGAGGCAAACAAAAAAAAAUUGUUGGCACUUUUAGUUCUUUUUCACUACUGUAGAGGACGUUUUCAAAAAAUGCAUUUUAAUUUGGGAGACUCUUUUCGGCAUUUCUGUAACAACUUUUUUUAAUUCCAGCGGUAUUCAAUCGUGAGACUUCGCGAUUUUAUUAAAAGUUCGAAAAAAACAUUUGGGGGUGAAUUUACCCUUGUGCUAAGUAUCACCAAAGUUUUGGUUUACUGAGAUUGGUGUAGUAGAUUUAGAGAGAAACGGCUCCCAGUUUUGAAAAAUGUGAUUUCGAGAAAAACGCGUUUAAAGUAUUUUAACUGUAUUUUUAUCGAACUAAUUAAUCAUAUUUAUUUUUUUCCCUUUAAUCAGCGACCCCUGAUGCAUAUUGGGUGCCCCUACUGUCCGGUAAAAGUUAUAAAUGGUCGGUCAAAGCUAUUUUUUUUUCAUAAUUUUGCCCUCUUUGAUGUCUCGCUGCUCUUUCUAUUGGCUUGAGCAAUACGAGCAAUAUUUAUCCAAUUUUUAUUCCCGUAAUGUGCAUGCAAUGCAUCACUAGAUUUUAAUUUUUUGCCGAGGAGUUGGAUAAUUCUGAAUUAUUGUUUUCUGUGGUAAACUGAUUACCUUUAACUUGUCUGUUAAUAUUGUACUUCUUUCGAUGCAUCCCCCUACUUCGAGUGCCUUUUUAAAUGCCCACCAGAUCCAGGCAUUUUUUCGGAUUUUUCAAAACAAUAAUUUUAGAUAAAUUUAAAUAAUAUAAAACACGUGCUAGCUUUAUAAGUUUUAGAACCCAACUGCCAAGUUGCAGCUGCGCAGGUCAGGCGCCACGCGAGUUUUUUACAACCGAGUUUUAGCUCAGCUAGAUAGUGUUAUAAAUAGAGCUUUAACUUCGUUUCUAUUUCGAAUUUUUUAAUAAAAUUUUAGGACAGUAUUUCUUCAAUUCUAAGGAAUGUAUUUACGUAAAAAAUCCUAAAUAGAUUUUUUUUUAAUUUGGAAAGUAAAAGUCCCCUUAAGAGAAAAGUGGAAAAUGUUUAUUAUAUAAUCUACAGUAAGUGACUGUAAACACAGAAAUGUUUAGGACUGGACAGAAGAAAUCUAGUGAGCGAUUUUCCAAAUAGGUAUACUUAAUUCCAAUAAACCGUGCAAGGUACGCAAUCGGCAUACGAUAUGUAUUUUUGUGAAAACUUUAAGAUAGAUAUUACCAUUUCCGUUGAUUGUUUAAUUUUAUGUAACAUAGUACACCCCGAUCGGAAUAUGAAUAGACGUGAGCAUACUUUCUUUGUCUCCUUUAUAGUCAAAUUCUUCAACAAUUCUCUUACGAAUUUUAUGUAUAGUGGGCACUUGUUUUCAGUUAUAAUAUAAAUGCCCACUAUACAUAAAAUUAGUAAGAGAUUUGUUGAAGAAUUUGACUAUAAAGGAGACAGAGAAGGAAUGCUCACGUCUAUUCCAUCUCCGGUCGGGUGUAUGUUACUUUCAGAAUCUCUUAAAUUGAGGCGGUCGACGUGAGAAGGGCACAUAGCCUUACGUGCCCUUUGUAAGCAGAAUGGGUAUUUAGGUCUGUCAUGUUUUCCCCCUUUACAAUGGUAUAACUUCCAUGUGUUUAUCUUUAAAAAUGAGGUUGGUAGAACUGUUUGAAUAUUAGUGUGCAGGCUGUGCAGGGCAGUGAGGUUAACGUACCUGUAUUGUCUUGCGAGGUUUAUUGUUUUCACCCAUUUUGAAAAAAAAAAUGAAAACAAUUAAUUAUCCACGUCCGUCCGUACGUAAACACAACUCCUCCGUCACUAUACCAGGUAGAAUGACAAAUGAGGUGUCAAAUGAAAGCUUAUAACCCAAGGAUGAUAUUAAAAGUGAGCUAAAAAAAUUUGACCUCGGAAUUCCGGUUUUAGGGUUGUAACCGGAAGUACUGUUUUAAAGACGCCGAAAUAGUACAAGCGAUAUAUUAUUUGUCGCUCCUUAGCAAGACGAGAACAUAUGAAUCGCUUAUUUAUGAAAGGAUAGAAGUCACUAUUUUAGGUAAAUUGAGAUUAUGACAAAAAUUUGUUUUCAAUACUUAUAUCUAGCGGUUAGUCAUAAAAGAAUAUAAGUCUAGUCUUCAGUAGGUACUGUUGAUAGGUAAGUAGUAAACAGAACGUUCCAUUUAUUUAUGAAAAGAUAUAAGUGUCAUUGACUUAUAUCGUUUCAUAAAUUUGCCAAACGCAAACUCAAUCGCAUGGAUAAGCUGAAUACUCCAAUGGAAGUUUUUGAAGCAAUCUGUAGUUCUGCAAAGAGGCAGAAAUUUACUGUACGAAUGGUAAGAACGGUACGAAUUUACAGAACUAAUGACAUUUUGAAUUUUAAAAAUUGGUGGUCCAAAUAUUACAAAAAACGUGCCAUUUUGUAGAAACUUCCGCUACAUGUAUUCAACGUUCACAAGGGGAGUCAUUCGCCGUUUCCAGCUUUAUGGAGUUCCGCUACAAUCACAAUACAAAAAAGGACUUGUUGAAGCAUUGAAGUUUAUCGAUGGAGCACUAACCAGUUCUUUUGUUCUAAAAAGUCAUAACAACCAAAAUGUUCAACUUCCAAAGGAACGAGCUUAUCCUAUGGAAAAAAUUCCAAUUAACAUAAAAAUCAUUGAUAUUCAAAAGAUUACUAGGUGUCUUCCAGAAUAUUAUUAAGAAUUUUAUGAGGAAAUAAUUGGUUGGCCAACCACUGAAGUGGAAAGUACUGAACGUAUGAGUAUCUUAUAAAAAACUGCUUUUAAUUUUUAUUUUUUUAGUUUAAAAUAUUUCGUGUGUUAAUAACUGGUAAUAAAGUUGGCCAAUAAACAUUUUCUUUUUGAUAAUUUCGACAAAUGCGGUCAAAAAAUAAUAGUUUAGAUAUUUUUUUUUUAAUUAAUUCGUGAAAAGAUGUGUCAGACGAAUAAAAUAUUGAAUAAAAUGUCUAUUAAUUAAAAAAAAAUCAAUAUACAUACAAUAUUGUUAUAAUAAACAAAUACGUAUUCCAGAAAAAAUGACAAAUUUCUUAUUUGUUUCAAAUAUAAACAGUUUUUUUAAUUAUCUCAAAACUUCAUUAUUGUGACUUAUAUCCUUUCAUAAAUAAGCAAUUCAUAUAUAAUUCCGGUUUCAUGACAUUGUCUGGGAAUAUAACUCCUUCGUUAUUAAAAGAGAUAGAAUGACAAGUGAGGGGUCCAAUGACAUAUUAUAACCCAAGGAUGGUAUUAAAGAUGAGAAAUUUGACCUCGGACUUCCGGUUGUAGAAUUGCAACCGCAAGUACUGUUUUAUUUAAAGUCGCUGAAAUUGUACAAGCAAUAUAUUAUUCUACGCGUCUUAGCAAGACGAAAAUUGCCACAAAAGUACAUUAUAAAGUGCGAUCGUAGCGGUGGCGUUUCAUGUUCCCAAAGUUAUACAGAAAACUUUGAACUAUGCAGAUUUUGGAAAUAAGGAGUACAAUAGUUUCAUUACUACAACUAAAUGCCCCAGACCAAAGGCGAACCAGAAGAAAGUUAAGGCUGUUACAAGCCUCUUCAGAUUCUUAAAUGAAGAUUAUGUAAACUUCAAUGAAAUGUUGAAUGGAUAGUUUAAUAAUUGUAAAAAUUGUUUAAAUUGUAUUAUGUAAUGUAUUAUAAAAGUAUUUAAUUCUAUAAUGCUUCUUGUUCUUCACAUGCAAAUUAAUUGUAAUCAAAAUUCCCCUGUUCUAUGUAAAAAGGGCUUAUAACAGCUUUUUCUGUUUCCUAAUUUUUAAACAUAAGCUUCAUUUUUAUUGAUUUCAUAUUUUAGAAAAUUACUUUCUAGAACAAUAUUUUUAAUCUAUAAUGAGCAUUCUCAAUUUGUAAACAACAAACUAGUAUCUAUAGCAACAAGUUAAAAUUUCAAAGUGGUUUUUCUCAAAACCCAUUUUUGUCGUAUGUGCCCUUCUCACGUAGACAGCCUCAAUUGGUCUUUUAAUUUGAUUAUUAAGAUUAUUCUUAUUGAAUUGAAAUACUUAUUGAAUUAUCAAAGAUAUUAACUAAUAUUCACGGCAAAAAAACUGAAGAAUCGAUAGAAGAUAGAAGUGGGUAAUCAAUCGUUCGAAUUGUUCUAUGUUUUUUAAACUUGUCUUUCUUUAUUUAUAAAGUAAGCACAGAUUAUUGGAACAAAGUUUAGAGACAGCACCUUGAAUCAUCUAAUUAAACACUUUCUGCGUAACUGGGUGGCUGAAUGUUUAUAUAUUUUCAUAAUUUAUAGAGUUAAAUUAAUCCUAACACCUAAAAUAUAUUUACGUAUCAGAUUUCCAACUAUAAAUAAAAUAGUAUAAUAGUAAUAAUUUAAAAAAGAAACAGCACUGACAACUAGUUUGAAAAUUUUAAAGUAUUAACAUUGUAAAAAACUUAUGUUGUAAUUUAAUUGGAAAUUAAAUUUAAAAAUAUAGUCUUGAGAAUGAACGUUUUCGGACUUAUCAGUUCAUCUUCAGUGAACUUUAAAGUAUUUGCAGGCUAUUACAUAAUAAUUGUAAUCCAUUUGGAUUUUUAAAUUUAAUUUUUAAUUAAAUAUUUAUACCAAUUUUAACAGAAGUUUUUUACUUCGAUGUUAGCUUAUUAACAUUUCCCAAGAAGUUCAAACACAAUCGCUAGACAGAUUUUGAUAUGCGCAUUCCUUGUUUUGGAAAUCUGGUACGUGAACAUCUCAUUUGAAAGCUCAAAUCAUUUGUACUUAAAAUAUCUUCCUUUUGUGACUGGACACCAUAACUUUAAAUACUUCGUAUACAAAACGGAUUCUUUCGGUCGUAUUACUUUUUGGAAAGCACGCGUGCUGAGAAUAAUCUUCAUAAUCAAUGUAUCUGAAAUUCCAAAGACUAAUACGAUCCCGGAGAAAUAAAAAUAUUUUCAAAAUUGUCUCCACUCUUUUUUAUUUUUAAUGUUUACCUUGUAUGUAGAAAGAGUUCGAUAAUAUAAAUGUACGAAAGA